AUGUCCACCGCGUUCAUGGUCGACAGCAUCCUGCAGGAGAAGGACGUGGUGGUGGUCAACCGUGGUCACCGACGUCGCAGCUCGCUCAGCAGGGUCAGUGCCGGCGGAGAUUCUUCCGUGGCUUCGGUAUCCGGAUCGGAAGACAGUGAGUUCGAGGAACACGUCAAAGAUUCGGGCAGUUUGUGUGAUUCGCCGAAGAGUUUCAACAGUUGUCUUAAUGUGAACAAUUCGUCCUUUUCGGACGAUGAGCUGGGUCCGGCGACGGUUUUGAGGGCCUACAAUGGCCAUACCGGUUCGGAACGGGACGAAAACGGAAUGCUGGAUUAUUGCUGUGGCAAGUGUGGUCACUACCAAUCGGAACCGAACCCGGCGGUGCAUAGGGUGCGGGAGACGGAAAAGGACCAUGGUGGCGGAAGGAACUGCUCCCCGGGGGAAAGUGGUGACUGUUACGAGUUCCGGUGUGAAAAGUGUGGUUAUAGUGAAUUUAUUGCUUCGAAGCAGACUAUCCUGAAGGAGGUGGCCAAACCGGUGCUCAAGUUCAGUGUGUCGGCCAUUCUUGGUGAUAGGAAAGAGUGUGUGAAAGUUAGGAACGAAUUUAUCCAACCUCAACAUCUUUGGCCUUAUAUUCAACAAAAUCUAAUCCAGCAAAAUCACCUAGCAAAUCAUGCGUUUCUCACGAGUCAUCACCCCCAGCUUCACCACCCCCAUCAACAACAUCACCCCCAACAGUCCCAGUCACCCCAUCAUCCCCAUCACCUAGUGCAAAUGAACGGUGCAAGUCCUGCUGCAAACAACAACAAUAACAACAACAACGGCAGCAGCAACAGCAGCAGUGGUAGUAAUUGCAACGGCAAUAAUAGCUGUAGUAAUACGACCAGUGAAGCUGGCAGUUUGCCCAACAGUCCCGACUUACAAGAUGAUGGGACUCGUCUUCAGCAGCAGCAGUCAGCAGCCCAACAACCACAACAGCAGCAGCAGCAGCAGCAACCCCGAGAUAAUAAAAUCAUUGCGAAACCACUCCCCAGUCGACCGAUGCCGUUCCUCCAGCAUGGCCUCAACCAUCCCCAUCUGCACUCGCUGCUGGCCCACUGUCGGAAUCCUUAUCUGCCGGGAGGUCCCCAAGUGUUUCCGCUGCCGCCGGGACAAGGCUUUCCGUGGGCGCACUCGACGCGAGGGAAACCCCGACGGGGGAUGAUGCGGCGGGCGGUGUUUUCAGACUCUCAGCGAAAAGGGCUGGAAAAACGGUUUCAGCUCCAGAAGUACAUCAGCAAACCCGACCGGAAGAAGCUGGCGGAGCGGCUCGGCCUCAAGGAUUCCCAGGUCAAAAUAUGGUUUCAAAACCGUCGCAUGAAGUGGCGCAACUCGAAGGAGCGUGAACUGCUCGCUAACGGAGGCUCCCGCGAUCAGACCCUCCCCAACAAGAACAACCCAAAUCCAGACCUGUCGGACGCGCGCACCGAUCGGCAACAGUCCAUGUCACCCCCGUCGACGCCACCCCCUCCAACAAUUUCCGACCCACAGCAACAAUCACCGCCCGGUCCAGCCUCCCCCCAGUCCUCCAAAUCACCCCUGAUGGGCGGAGGUGGACUUCCCUCGAAAACAUCCGCCUUGAUCAACUUCAAGCCGGCCAAGUUCGAGCUGGCCAAACCCGGUGCACCGGGCAUGGACUUUAAGUACGAGUUCGAUGACAUCAGCGGCCCCAACGGCCAGCCCCAGCAGCACCCGAGGCCCCAGCUGAUCAACAGCUUUUAUGCAAAUGUGGAUCGUGAUCGUGAGAUGCUGCUCAACGGUGCGGGAGGAGGGCCAGGCGCGACGAUCUUCACCGGUGGCAGUCAACGGUCAAACAGUUGCUCGUCGGACAAUUUGUACUACGACGAGUAUGAUUCGAAUUCGGAUGACUCUGACGAGGAGAUCAAUGUCACGUGACCUGACAGCGAGGAAUCCAACUAAGUCAACGUGGCGUCGGCGUAUGUGUGUACAAAAUAAAAUUUAAAUGUUAGCUAAAAUCGUUUUAAUUCUAAUUUUUAAAGUCAGAACUUGUUAGUUUUUAAGAAUCAACAAAAAAAAUCAAUGAAACAUAAACACAAAAAAAAUCAUCCUGUAAAUUUGUACAAGCAUCUCAAACGGUUUUAAGGUAACCCUAAAUCAGCUUAGUAUGUAGUUAAACUCGCACUGAAAUUGUGAACCACGGCUCGUACUAUCAUGUCGUGUACAUAAGAUUAGAAAGGUCAUGGUAGUUGCAGUUGUGCACCGUGAAAAAAAAAACAUUCCGAGUAUUUAUUGAAAUAUUUACUGUAAAUAGGUUUUAAGCAUAUUUAUUGAUAAAUUUAAAGCAUUAAUUUGUUCGGAAAAGUAAAUGCAUCACCUUACGGCACCUUUCAGGUGGAACACAAGUCAAGUUUAGAAUCUCCCAUAGAUAACGAGGAAAUAAAUGUAAUUCUGAAAAAUA